GAACCCCAAGGCCUCGUAAUGUGCAAAACAGAUGGGAAACUUGUACAAGUUGAUUUUAGAUUGUCCUUUAGAUUUUGUCUUAAUUAAUUCUUUAAAAGCAUCUCGGUGUUUCUGCAAGUUUCAAGCAGUGGGUGAGCUGCCCUCAGCAGAUCCUACCGACCAACCAACAUGUUCAAUUUCAUCUACCCUAAAACCAAACUUUAACUCAUAUUAGGCUUUUUGGGUGACUGCCAUUCCCUCAUUUCCUCUCUGGCUUCAUCUUUCACCUCUCCUUUCUUAAAAUGGGCGAUGAGAAAAAGAAAGACAAAGCCACGACUGAUGGAGUGAUCACUGCGGUUUAUAAAGUCAACUUGCACUGUCGGCAAUGCGCUCGCAAGAUAAAGAAGCCUCUUAUCAGGACUCAAGGAGUUCAUAGCGUGGACGUUGAGAUAGAAAAAGGUGAAAUUAAAGUUAAAGGCGUGAUUGAUGUGAUAAAAAUCCACAAGCUGAUAGAAAAACUGAGUCAGAAAAAAGUGGAGUUAGUGUCACCUCAGAUCAAGGAGAAAGCUGCUGCAACACAGACCAAAGUAAAGGAAACCCAAGAGCCAAUUUUAAGCACAACAUUAGUGAAGGUGCAUCUGCACUGUGACAAGUGUGAACAAGACCUACGAAAGAAGUUGUUGAAGCACAAAGGUAUUUACAGUGUUAAGACUGAUAUGAAAGCACAAACUCUAACAGUACAAGGAACUAUCAAGUCCGAUGAUUUGUUAUCAUACAUAAGGAAAAAUGUGCAUAAACAUGCGGAGAUUGUAAGCUCAAAAACAGAGGCAAAGGAAGAAAAGAAGGAAGCAAAAAAGGAUGACGUGAAAGAUGGUGCCAAAUCCAGCGAAAAAACUCAAGUUACCGAAUUCAAGCAACAAGAAAAAGUAGAGGUCAAAAGUAAAGAGGGCAACACUCCAUAUUUUGUUCAUUAUGUUUACGCUCCCCAAUUGUUUAGUGAUGAAAAUCCAAACGCAUGUUCUAUUUUAUAGACGAAUAAAUCACCACGUUUAUAUUUACAAAUUUAUGUGCCAACCAUCAUGCUCAAAUU